CGCUCCACCAGUUAAUCGGACGGCCCAACUUUAUCCUCACAUCUUUCUUCGAACCUUCUCCUCUCUCUCUCUCUCUCUUAAUUAUUGAAAGGUCCAAUUUCACACAAAUUCCCUCACGACUCUCAACAUCAUAGUAUAAUUUUCCGAGUGUAUACUUCCAUUUUCUAGGGUUUUCAAUGCCAGCGAUCGAACCUCUGGGACCAGUAAUUCAUAGAAAUUUUUCUCUAAAUUCGAACAAUAAUCGCAAGGAUUUGUAUAGAUAUGGCUCUCUCUGUAAUCAAUUUAGGGUUUUACAUCCAAAUCCAAGUCGUUUUCUCACUAAUUCGCUGUCGUUCCGUCCGAUUCAAGCUAGGGUGUCGAGGAGCUUAGACGGGUUUGACCCAUGGGGAGGGUUUUUGAGGAACCAAAGUUGGAGAGAGAGAAGUAGAAUCCGAGCCAACAGUUCAUGCGAGCAAGACACGGAUUCGAAGGCGAGCUCAAGCGAGAAGAGUGAUUCGAAGACCGGUGAGAGUAAUGGGGUGAGCAAGAAGAACUCGGCGAGUUCGAAUUCGAGCUCGAGUUCAAAUUCGAGUUCGAGGAGAGAGAAGCAAGGGAAAGGUGGGUGGUGGAAGGGUGGGAAGUGGCGGUGGCAGCCGAUAAUUCAGGCGCAAGAGAUUGGUAUGCUGCUGUUGCAAUUAGGGAUUGUAAUGUUCGUUAUGAGGUUGCUCCGGCCCGGAAUUCCUUUGCCCGGGUCGGAGCCGAGGACUCCCACGACGUUCGUGAGCGUACCUUAUAGUGAUUUUUUGAGUAAAAUCAAUAGUAAUCGGGUACAUAAGGUUGAAGUAGAUGGUGUUCAUAUUAUGUUUAAGCUGAAAUCGGAGUUGGGUGCUCACGAAAGUGAAUUGGGAAGCAUUAGUAGUAACUUGCAGGAUUCGGAGUCAUUGUUGCUAAGUGUUGCUCCGACGAGGCGAAUUGUUUACACGACAACUCGUCCAACUGAUAUUAAGACUCCAUAUGAGAAGAUGCUUGAGAAUGAUGUUGAGUUUGGGUCUCCGGAUAAGCGGUCUGGCGGAUUUUUGAACUCUGCAUUGAUUGCUUUGUUCUACGUUGCUGUGCUUGCAGGGUUUCUUCAUCGCUUGCCUUUAGGCUUUUCUCAGCACACAGCUGGUCAGCUUAGGAACCGCAAGUCAAGGAGUUCUGGUGGAGCAAAAGUGGCUGAACAAGGGGAAGUUAUCACAUUUGCUGACGUUGCUGGUGUUGAUGAGGCUAAGGAGGAGCUAGAAGAAAUUGUGGAAUUUCUCAGGAAUCCAGACAAGUACAUUCGACUCGGUGCCCGUCCUCCACGAGGUGUUCUCCUGGUGGGUCUUCCUGGCACAGGCAAGACUCUUUUAGCAAAGGCUGUAGCUGGGGAAGCUGAAGUACCUUUCAUAAGUUGUUCUGCAAGUGAGUUUGUAGAAUUGUAUGUUGGCAUGGGAGCAUCCCGUGUUAGAGAUCUCUUUGCGCGAGCAAAGAAAGAAGCACCAUCGAUAAUAUUUAUAGAUGAGAUAGAUGCUGUAGCAAAAAGCCGGGAUGGUAAAUUUCGUAUUGUCAGUAAUGACGAGCGAGAGCAGACAUUGAACCAGUUGCUCACUGAGAUGGAUGGCUUUGAUAGCAACUCUGCUGUGAUAGUUCUUGGAGCAACCAAUCGCGCUGAUGUCUUAGACCCUGCACUUCGCCGACCUGGGAGAUUUGAUCGUGUGGUUAUGGUGGAAACACCGGAUAGGACCGGAAGAGAAGCCAUUUUAAAAGUACAUGUUUCUAAUAAAGAGCUUCCAUUGGGAGAGGAGGUUAAUCUUGCCGAUAUUGCUUCUAUGACUACUGGUUUUACUGGGGCAGACCUUGCAAAUUUGGUAAAUGAGGCCGCUUUGUUGGCAGGAAGACAAACUAAAGUUGUUGUGGAGAAAAUUGAUUUUAUUCAAGCAGUGGAGCGAUCAAUAGCUGGAAUUGAAAAGAAGACUGCCAAGUUGCAGGGAAUUGAGAAGGCUGUAGUUGCACGUCAUGAAGCUGGUCAUGCAGUAGUAGGGACUGCUGUUGCGAAACUUCUCUUUGGGCAACCACGCGUUGAGAAGCUGAGUAUACUGCCAAGGUCAGGAGGGGCAUUGGGUUUUACUUACACUCCUCCCACCAGUGAAGAUAGAUAUUUGCUAUUUGUCGACGAGUUACGUGGACACUUGGUUACUCUUCUUGGAGGACGUGCAGCAGAAGAAGUUGUUUAUGCAGGCCGUGUGUCAACAGGUGCACUUGAUGAUAUACGGCGAGCAACAGACUUGGCGUACAAAGCAGUGGCUGAGUAUGGUCUUAACCAGACAAUUGGCCCUGUUUCUGUGGCAACACUUUCUGCUGGUGGGGUAGAUGAUUCUGGGGGAGGUAUUCCUUGGGGAAGGGAUCAGGGACGUCUUGUUGACCUUGUUCAAAGAGAGGUUAAACUACUGUUGCAGUCUGCACUUGAUGUGGCACUCUCUGUUGUGCGUGCUAAUCCUACUGUUCUAGAGGGGCUUGGUGCACAUUUGGAAGAAAAAGAGAAAGUAGAAGGUGAAGAGCUCCAAUACUGGUUGAAAUUGGUGGUUGCUCCAGCAGAGCUUAAGUUCUUCAUUAGUGGCAAGCAGGGGUCUCUUCUUCCAUUGCAGACAAGUUCUGGAUAACAUCUACAGCAUACUGUAGACCCAUCAACCUCAAGUGAAAGUUCAGGUUUAAAAUUCUACAUUCUUGUUGUAGCUUCAUCAUUUGCAAGCAAAGAUGGCUAAUAUCAUGCUAUUGUCACCUCAUUGAACGUGUUCGUGAUCAACACCGACUUGCCCUUGCAACUUUGUAUAUUUCAAUAAGGUAAUUAUGGGUUGAUCUUAACGUCUACAUUCUUUUUCCAAGUAAUGUUACAAACACUAACUAGUGUCAGCAAAUAUACUAACUAGACACAAUGUUAAGUGAGUCUCACGCCAAGUGCCCACAUCAAGUGGUGAUCCCAUAUGCAUAGUUCGUAUAUUUAUUGGUACACUGGUUAGUGUUUCUAGUGUUAUUGUUAUUUUUCUGUGUCUUAUACUUUAUUAUCAUCUGAAAAGCAUACAGACAUGGGCAACAAUGACGGAUUUAAUGUUGUAAGAGAGCCUUCCCUUGCCCUUGUUAUACGAUGUCAACAUCAAAAGGAAAAGGAGCUCUUAUGUUUAUUACUUGCAUGUUGGUUUUUGAAUUCUGUUGUAUAUGUGGCUAUUAUUUUUGUACAAUAUGACACUAUGUAUUGUAAUUUUUGUUGUACACUUUACUCCUUGAAUUGAACAAAUAUUUUACGUGCCGGUUCAAAAUGUUUAAUGCAGACUUUUAGUGCUA